UCAAAACAAACGACCUACAAAAGCAGCCUGGAUCAGAGAGAGGGGGUCUGCAGAGCGAGCGCCUGAGGUUUCAGCGUGGGAAUGAAUUAAACUGCAGCUACUUAAUCAGCGUCGAGCGCUUCACAUCUUCAAGUGCAUUGAACGAGGCUUCGGCUUUUGCAUCAUUUGAUGUGUUGGUGUUGCUAAAUAUAUCGGUUUCUUGUAUGGUGGCGACGCUCGGCUCCAUUUUGGAGGCUACGCCGCUCUCUCCUAAAGGCUUAUUGAUCGGGCUAUGAGCAAGUUAGGCGAUCUUUCUGCAGUUGUUGAUGGACGUCCGGGCUCAGCGGUGGGCGAUUUUGUCUUUUGCUUGCGUUUUGAAUGAGGACGGAGAGUGCUAACGCCAGUGAGAGGAGGGGAGAGCACAUCUCCAGCAUCUCCAACAGCAACAGCAGCAUCAGCACGCAGCUGCAUCUGGACAUCGCCGUAGCCACAUCAUCAUUAUUUUCCCAUUGAGAGCAAAAAAAAAAAAAAUCCGCAGAGUCAGUAUCGAAGGGAAGGAGCAUGAUAACAAACUGAGCGCACACGUAAACACAGAGAGCGUCGUGACACAUGCAGGGACCUCAGAGCUUCUGAAUGAGACGAUCCCUGCCCUGGGGGGAAAACACUUUCUCCACUUGCUCCAGUAAAGGUUGUUUUUUCUCCUGUGGUGUUUGUGUGGAGCGUGCCACACACCCACUCCACAACAACGACGGCUUUUGCUUGCAUCUUCCAGUGUUUCUUCUGUCAGCAAGUUCAGCAGAGCUGUAACUCAUCCAGCGCCAGUGCAGACGAGCCCAGUGAGGAGAAUCACGACUGUGAGAUGGUGAAGAUGACCAAGUCGAAAACCUUCCAGGCCUACCUGCCCAACUGUCAUCGCACCUACAGCUGCAUCCACUGCCGAGCACACUUGGCCAACCACGAUGAGCUCAUCUCAAAGUCAUUCCAAGGCAGCCAGGGACGAGCCUACCUCUUCAACUCAGUGGUGAAUGUGGGAUGUGGUCCAGCCGAGGAGAGGGUUCUCCUCACAGGUUUACAUGCUGUGGCAGACAUCUACUGUGAAAAUUGUAAAACCACUCUGGGCUGGAAAUACGAGCAUGCGUUUGAGAGCAGUCAGAAAUACAAAGAGGGCAAGUUCAUCAUUGAGCUGGCUCACAUGAUCAAGGACAACGGCUGGGAGUGACCUCCGCCCACUUCCUCUCUGCUCAGUGACCUUUUGGGCCGCUCUGUAGCGGACUUCAGAGUGACACCACACACGCGCACACACACAUCACACCCCCAACCCCUCCACCCCAACGCCAACGCCAUCACCUCCACUUCCACCCACCCCCCCCUCUCUGAAACAAACAGACUCAGUUCAGAAAUACAAACAGACUGAAAGAAGAGAAGGGAUACAGAGUGAGGAAACAAAGAAACAAGGGGAUUCCACUUGUCCAUCUGUGGUCACCGAGAGACUCUCUACUCCUUUUUGAGGAUUUUUCUCUGACUCUGACUGGUUUCUUGGUGUGUUUUGACCUUUUGUGUGUCACCACCCCUUCGUAAGCUGUUAACAGUUUCAAGAAGACACCAUCUCACUCCUUCUCUUCAUUUUUUUUUUCCUCCUAUUCUGUCUCUCUUCGUGAAUGAGCAAGGAACGACGAGACAAGUGUGUGUGUGUGUGUGUGUGUGUGUGUGUGUGUGUGUGUGUGCGCGUGUGUGUGUGAGUGCGUGUUUGUACUGUUUCCUUUUAUGCAGGAAUUUUGAGUCCUCCCUGGUGGACUGAUGAUGUUACUGGUUAGCAUUUUCUCCCUAACAGAUACAGGUCUUUACUGAGCAUGCUCUUUCCUUCUGCGUUGGGAUGGCGACAGGAGGACACUAGGCAGAUAUGAUUGAUGUUUUAAAAAAGAUAAAUAAAUCUGGGUUGGGGUGUUAUGGAAACUGGGCGGGGCUAUGUAGCAGUACCGUGGAUACUAUUGGACAGGGGAGGGGGGGGGGGUAAAUUGGGCGAAGUUUCAGCAUUGCAGUGGCAUUUUUGUAUUUAUGAUAUAUCCCUGUACCUUUUAUCUAUCGUAUUUGAGAUUUGACUCGAUUUUCUUUUUUUCAUGGUCUUUUCUUUAUUCUUCCUCCGAUGACUUCACUGUGCAAUUUGUGUGACCCGGUACAGUAGAGUUUGACACCCCCCUACACCUCUCCCUGUGCAGGAGCUGUCCUGUCUUUAGCUGUUAAUCUGGUGCUUUAGGCAAGAUCAUACAAAAAAAAUGAUGUGUAGCUUUUAGUGUUGAGGUGGCAUUUGUGGCAGGUUCCAUUUUUGCAUCAGUACUAUACAUUAAAGAAAUAAAUAAGUAUUUUUUUUGUUUUAAAAUGCUGUCUAAACACACUGGACAGCAGGGGAAAACUAGUGUCGGUGAACCACACCCCUACAUUUUGACCCUUUGUCAAACGUAUCAUGUAGUUUCUGAUGAUUAUGAGACUUUACAGUAAUGUUGUUCUUAUGAUCAUGUGAUUUAUGUGUGCUUAUGCAUUUUUUCGGAAACACGCGUGCAUGUUAGCCGUAUGCGUGUCGCGCGUGUGUGUGUUUUACGCGUUACGUUAUGGCAUACUUGAAUGCAGUUACUUUGUUUGCACUUUGCAGAGGCCUUGUUCGUGGGUUUAGAGGCAAAAGUCUGUCUGUCUGUUUUUCAUGGCCUUUUCAUUGAUGAUUGAAUGAUUGUACCAGAUGCUUUUUGAAUGAACUUCAGGGUCGGGUGAUUGCUGGCAUAAUCAUCUCCCUUUAGAGUAGACCUUCUGCUGCUUACCUUUGCUUCGUUCAUGAGUUGGCAAAUGAGAGCACAGUUUUAGUGCUUUUAUUUUUUUAUUUUUGAGGAUAUAUGGCUGUAAACCCAUGGCAAACACUACCAAUCUGUCCAAUUUGAUAUAAAUGUGGAUGAGCAGAAAUUUGAGAGAGAAAAUCAAAGCCCCUCCAAAGGGAAGGGCAUGAUGUAAACAAUGCAUUGCAAACAAAAAAGGAAAGAAAAAGAAUGUGCUGCUAUUUAAACUUGAUGCAAUCCGGAGCUUUCACUUUACACCUCCUGCACUUUACCUGGGCUGUGUGAGCGCAUGCGAGUGGAUCUAUUCUUUACAUAUGUAGUCCUCCUUCCACGUCUUUGCCUCUAAGCAGCAUGAAUCAUGUGCCUCUUCAAAAGGAAAAAAAAGAAAUAGAAUCUCUCCCUCUGUUGUGCAGUGCAUGACUCCAUAAAAAACCUAGCACACCUAUUGAUGGCCCAUAUGGGUUAAAGAGAAAAAAAACUCGGACAACCUCACAGAUCUUUUAUCCACUGAGAGUUAUAUUCAGAAGCAUUAUAAGAUCCGAUUAUUUUUUUGUAGGUCUAGUUGUCACAGUUAAAGGUUAUUGUGAAAUUAGUGGUUGUAUUAUGCAGAGCAUAAAGGGGUUUGGUGAUUUUGCGUGGGUGGGCUGGGCUGGGUUAUUUUAAAAGUGAGGGUGGGGCUUUCUUUACAUAUAAAGAAAGCGGUGCAUUUUAAUGUAGAUUUCUAUGGAGUAUAGAUCAAAGCAGAUUAUUGAGAUUUUUUUUUUAAAAAAGAGUUACGAGGUUCCAUAGUUUGAAUCAGUGGCAGAAACCCUCAGUUAGCGAUUAUCGCCAAUAAGGUCAGUCAGGUCACGUGACCUUUUAAUCCGUCAAAGGCAAUGCAAACAAAAUAGUUGUAGAGAUAUCCUACUUGAAAGAAAAAGAAAAAAGGAAAAAAGACAAAAAAACAAGUUACAGACAAGACGUUGUCCCUGUCUCACAGUUUUUGUACAUAAAGUGACAUAUUUAAAGUUUUAUAUACAUAUUUCUACUGGGUUAGUUCCUCUACUUCCCUGACUUGAAGCACUUUUGUUCACUGUACCUCUGGCUUUGUGUACAUGUGCGUGUCCGUGUGAAAGAGAGCGUGUGCGAGUGGUUUGUUAUUUUCCUCUCUCAUCGUUAUUCAUGAGUUUAAGCUGUUUGUUGACUAGCUUCUCCAUGUCCUGUCUCUUACCUUUCAUUCAAUUUGGCUUCUUUUUCCUAUUCUGUAGCUUUGAUGGUGAAAUGAGGCUUUCUUUUUUUUCCUUCUUUUUUUGAGAAUCUAAACUUAUCUAUACUUUUCCUCCCUGCUGGUUCUCUUGGUAAGACUCCGUGGCAGAGCAUGUCUGCUGGUCCUGGUUUAGCAUUGUGUGCUCAGCGGUGAGCUGGAUUCACCCGCCGAAACUUUCACAACCGGAACAUUGAUUUUAUUUUUUCCACAAAAGAGCUUCUCCCUAAGACUCAAACUGAAGAUAAGCGAGGCCAGUGUCACUGUCAGUGUGCACCAAAUAAUUGCGUAAUUCCUUUGUUUGACCAACCAUUAGCUCAUAGCUAAGCUGUCCAAUGUGUGCAGUCACAAUCAUGAAUGUCUCAACUGCUGGAAAUUCAACCACUUGGAAAAAAAACCAAAAAGUAAGCGUUAAAUUGUUUAGUACCAAGUGUGGAAUUUUGAUAUGUCGGUUUCUUUUUGAAUUUUUCCGUUUUGAAUCAUUGAUUGUGUUUUCAAAGCGGCAGCAUAUUAUGAUUCGUAUUUGUUUGUUUUUUUUUGUUUUGUUUUGUUUUGUUUUUUUGGGGCUGUUGGCUGUUGAGAGUUUAUGUACCCCCUCUACUUUGCCAUUUGCUUUGGUGACACUGGUUUCAUGGUUUCAAACCUUUUUGAAGCUGUCAAUCUAUAGGUUACGUCAUGCAAAAGACAUUUAGGUUUAAGGCGUCAUUAGGUUUGCAAAGGAAAACGAUUGUAAGUUUGAAGAGUUAUUUUCUUAGGACUGUUAAAAUAUGAGCGUGUUGUAUUUAUAAUGGCUAUAUUAAGUCGUGCCUGGGUUUCUUUCUUCUUCUUUUUUUUUUCUUUUUCUUCAAAGCAAAAAAAGCAUAUGCUUUUUCUUUUUUUCCAUUUUUACUUGAUUUAUAUUGCUUUGCUUUCUGUCCUAGUAAAGAAAUGUCACAUUUGUCUGUUUUUCACUGUAUUGUAAACUAUGAUAUCACAAUAAAGCUUAAAUGGCA